AUGUCAAGAAGCUCUGUGAAGAUUAAUCAGAAAAGUCUUCUCUCAGUGGGCAUAACCUGUGAAAAUCCCGACGAAGAUACCGUCGACCGUUUAAUCUCCACAGGAGAAAGUGAAACGUUUUUGCAAAAAGCUAUACAAGAGCAAGGUCGAGGUAGGAUCUUGGACACAAUAAACGAGAUACAAGAGAGACAUGAUGCAGUAAAAGACAUUGAGAAGAGUUUGACCGAGCUGCAUCAGGUGUUUCUUGAUAUGGCUGUGUUGGUUGAGCACCAAGGUGAACAGCUCGAGGACAUUGAAAGCCAUGUCAAAAGAGCUAACUCUCUUGUUCGGUCCGGUGCGGAUAAGCUAGUUAAGGCUCGGUUUUAUCAAAAGAACACGCGCAAGUGGACUUGCUAUGCCAUUUUGUUGUUGAUUAUUAUUGUGGUUUUAGUUGUGUUGUUUACUGUUAAGCCUUGGGAUAAUAAUAAUGGUGGUGGUGGUGGUGGAGGUUCGAACCGUCAACCUGCUCCGGUGCAAGCUCAGCCACCGCCACCUCCGGCUCUGAACCGGCGGCUACUUCGUUAA